CUCAGUAUUCCUGCAUCUGGGCGCACACACAAACCAUCACAGGUGACCUGACAGCAUUGUUAUUAAGUGCUGGUGCAAGAAGCAAGCUGAGGUUUCUGCAUUCUCAGUAUUCCUGGACACACACAAACCAUAAGUGACCUGAGAGCAUCUCUUGCCUGGAUACCUCCCAGCGCUACAUCCUGCAGACAAGAUCGUCAAGCUUUUCUGAAGAAGAACAUACGAUGGCCUUCAACAAGAGGUUUGCAGGACUACAACUUCAAGAAAAAGGUGCCAAUUUGGAGCAAUUUGAGAAGGAUUUCCUGUCUGCACAUAAUGCUUAUCGCAAGCAACAUGGGUCGCCUCCUCUUCAGCUCAGCAGGGAACUCUGUAGAUCAGCACAAAAAUGGGCAGAUCAUCUGCUGUCCAUCCGAACUCUGAAGCACAGCGACACAGAGUAUGGGGAAAACCUUUACUACAAGUACAGCUCCAGCUAUAAGGAACUACCAGGUCGUGAGCCUGUGGACGACUGGUACAGUGAGAUUAAGAACUAUAACUUCAGCCGGCCAGGAUUUGGGGGUAAUACAGGUCACUUCACCCAGGUGGUCUGGAAGGACACCAAAGAGGUAGGAGUUGGAGUGGCCACCGAUGGCAAAGGGCUUUUCUUUGUUGUUGGACAAUACAACCCAGCAGGAAACAUCACCAACCCUGGGUAUUUUGAGAAGAAUGUUUUACCCUCCGGCACAACUCCAACUACAAAUAAUGCCAUAAAUGGUGCAAGAUCGAAACCAUCAGCUGCCAUCAGAGAGCCCGAGUCAGAUAAACCUGCAAAUGACCGGAAACCAGUCUCGGUUACUGGUGGGAGAGGUGCUGAGGAUAGUCAGUUUGAGAAGGAUUUCCUGUCAGCCCAUAACACCUACAGAAAGAAACAUGGUGCUGCUCCUCUCCAGCUUAACCGUGAUCUGUGCAGAUCGGCGCAGCAAUGGGCUGACCAUCUGUUGGCUAUCCGCACCCUGAAACACAGCGGCACUGACCACGGGGAGAACCUUUACUACAAGUAUAGCUCCAGCGCCAGAGAACUGCCAGGUAAGGAGCCUGUUGACUCAUGGUAUGAUGAAAUAAAGAACUAUGAUUUUGGUCGGCCUGGAUUCCGCAGUAACACAGGUCACUUCACGCAAGUCGUCUGGAAAGAUUCUAAAGAGGUUGGAGUGGGAGUAGCCACAGACGGUAAUGGGCUUUUCUUUGUGGUUGGCCAAUACAACCCGGCAGGCAAUAUCACAAACCCAGGCUACUUUGAGAAGAAUGUCCUGCCCUCUGGAUCAGCACCAGCUUCUGCAUCGGACAAUGACACAACUGGCUCAAGAUGGAAGCCUACCGUAGUCAUCAAGGAGCCAGAACCAGAGAGAGCAUCUGGCGACCGGAAACCAUUAUCCGGGUUUGGCAGAAGAGACGGGGCCAGCAGCUUUGAGCAGGAGGCGCUGGAUGCUCACAAUGCUUAUCGGCGCCAGCACGGUGCACCGCCCUUGAAGUUAACCAGGGAGCUUUGUGAAUCCAGCCAAAAAUGGGCGGACCACCUCUUGUCCAUCAAUGCCUUGCAACACAGCAACACCACUCAUGGCGAGAAUCUGUGGUACAAGUGGAACUCCAGUAUGAGGGAUGCAACCGGUUCCCAGGUGGUGGAUACUUGGUAUGGAGAAAUAAAAGACUACAAUUUUAGCAAACCUGGAUUUCAGUCCAACACAGGUCACUUCACUCAGGUUGUCUGGAAAGACUCGAAAGAGCUCGGCAUUGCUAAAGCUGUGGACGGCAAAGGUAUGGUGAUUGCUGUUGCCCAAUACAGCCCUGCGGGGAACAUCACCAACCCCGGUUACUUUCAGAAGAAUGUGCUACCAAAAGGCACACCUGUGUCUGAUAGCGGAAAUGGGUCAGCUGACAGAGGCCAGGCGGCAACUUUCCAUCCAGCAGCACGUGCGGGAGAUUCAGCACCUUACGACACCCGGCAAUUUGCAGAAGAGUUCUUGAAAGCAAAUAAUGUGUACAGAUCUCGCCAUGGAGCAAAGCCACUGCAGCUAAACUCCAGGGUCAGCCAAGAUGCCCAGAAGUGGGCCGAACAUCUCCUGUCCUUGAAGACUCUGAAGCACAGCGAGACAUCUCAUGGAGAGAAUAUCUGGGCCAAGUCUGGAAGCCCCAACAUCUCUGUGACAGGACAGGAAGUGGCCGACUCCUGGUACAAAGAAGAGAAGGGCUAUAAUUUCUCUAAACCAGGAUACCAGCAAGACACAGGACACUUCACCCAGAUGGUGUGGAAGGCCUCCAAGGAAGUUGGCGUUGGUAUGGCUUCCAGUGGCAAGGGGAUGAUUAUUGUGGUGGCACAGUAUAACCCUAGUGGGAAUAUCACCAACCCUGGGUUCUAUGCUAGAAAUGUUCUACCCCGGGGCUCAAAGAUGACUGAAGAUGACGACGAUGAAGCUGGCUUUGUGAAGGAUACUACUGUUAAUUCUGUUGUUGCCAUACCAGACAAGGAGCUGAAAGCCUUCAGGAAAGAUCUGCUUAAUGAGCACAACAAGUAUAGGAAACUCCAUGGGGCCGGGCCUCUCCAGCUUAGCCCGUCCCUAGCCCAAGAAGCACAGAACUGGGCUAACCAGUUGGUGGGACUCAGAGCACUAAAGAACAGCGAUACCCAACAUGGCGAGAAUCUGUGGUACCGAUGGGGCACGGACACCAGCUUACCUACAGGGAAAGAGGUUGCGGAAUCCUGGUACAAUGAGAUUGACAAAUAUAGCUUUCCCAGCCCUGGAUUUCAGAGUGGUUCAGGUAAUUUCACACAAAUGGUGUGGAAGUCGUCUAACCAGGUUGGAUUUGGUCUGAGUACAGACGACAAAGGAAUGUACAUUGUGGUGGGCUUUUAUGACCCUGCUGGGAAUAUUGCCAACAAAGGCUACUUUGAGGACAAUGUCCUGCCAAAGAAAAAGUGACUUAAAAAUUAAAUUCAGUGCGAUUGAAGGAUCAAAAUGUUACACAAGAAAAUACCCCAAUAUCCACCUGGAUUUCCCUCCCAAAAAAAUAUAUAUUUUUAGACUGUUCUAUUUUAUUUUUAACUUCAUCUUUUCAAGAGGUUUCUGGGUGAAAAAAACACACAAUAAAAAGUAAAAAAGAAAUAUAACUGGGAAACGUCUCAAAAUUAUAUUAAGGAUGAAAAAGAUUUAUUGGUCCAAAUUUAGUAAGUAACAAUACUCCUUAGAAUGAGAUAUUGUAACAAUGCUCAUCAUUUUGAGAAUGACUUUUAAUAAUUGUUUCUUUAACUAUGGACUUAGCAUGUAGGAUGCUUGGACAGUACUACAAAGAAUAUGCGUCUGUUACUUCUAAUCUGCUGCAUUAUAAACAAGAUAGCACUUAUCAAUGUCCCAUGAUUUAUCAAUCCAGGCUUGUGAUUUCAUAUGGUGGGAAAGUUGAAACGGAGAAUCCAUAUGCGUUUUUGGAAACGUUCACCACAGUUGGGAAUCACUGAACUCAUCUGAUCAUUCUUUGUUCAUGUAGCAUAUUCCUAUUGCACCAAUUAAGCCUGGUUACGGGUGGAAACAGUGAUAUUGAAUGUUGAUAUUUUACUAAGAGAAUAACCGAAAUAGCCAAUAGGUAACCAGUAAUUAUGAUGUUGGUACACUGUAGUGUAUGUUACAUUUGUUAUUUACUGUAUUGAAUUUGAGAUCAAGGUCAGAUGCAGAAUCCAGUAACCAGAAUACGUCUCUGAUUUGCCCUUCGUCUGACACAAAACAAUAUAGUGGAAUCUACAAUUAGUAUAAAGAUUUGGAGAUUUUAAACGUUUUUAACAGCAGGAAUAAAGUAUUGUUAAUAUUACAAUAAUUAAUGAGAUAUAAAACACAUUGUAAUUUCAAGACAUUUCUGUAGUCUUGUAAUAAACUAAUAUAUCAGCCAAGUAUGAAAACAAUCGGAAUUAAUUAACAUGUUAUUUGCUGGAUUGUUCUUUGAUGAUCAAACUCCCCCAAUACACGUGUUUUUUUGGGAGAGUCAUUUUGGACUUGUUACAGAAGUAGACAAGGUUUGAGGAUUUCAUCUUGUUAGCAAAAGGGCAUCUUAUCUUUUCCAAUAAGGGACAGAUAUAUAACAGGUUUAGGCUUAUGAAGUAUGCAGUGUUUACUUCCAGUCCUAAGAACAGUAAAAUACACAAUUCCAAGAGGUAAAUUACAAGAAAAGGGGACAAAAUAUAUAAUAAAAGUAUAAUGUAAAGAUGUUUUUAAUACUACGUAUAAUUAAACAUUUUUAGUACCGUA